AUGGGGGUUGAGCGCAUUCCGGAUCUGCAGCAGGCAAUGCCCCCGAAAAGAAUGAAGCCUUCGCGCACGACGAGAAUCUUAAAGCCUAGCAUAGUGUUGAUAUCCGUGGUGGUGCUGGUAGCGACUUCAACCACUGGGAUAUAUAUCGCGGCUUCGACUUUCUCAUCGAGCCCGCACGGAAUGACUGUGAUGGUUGCUCAAGGAAUGAUCUUAGGAGCUGCUAUAUUAUCGAUGUCAUAUGUCGUCUUCCAUAUUUUUGCGAUGAUGGAUAACGACCCUGUUGGGAUUGUUCGACCACCUGUAUUGAGGCUUCAUGCGGCCUGCUUCAUCGUGGCCAGACUUGCGCUAGUCAUGUGGAUAAUCGCUAUGAUUGCGUCCAUUGUUGAGGUCUCGAGACAAAAUAUUUGCAUGAGUGGAGGGCGAGAUUGCAAGGUGGCGGUGGUUAAUGUGACGAUUUCAAAUUUGGCUUGUUUUGCAACGGGCACCGUCUUGACUGCCCUUGAGGCUUGCAAGUAUCCAUUCCAGGCGCCCAAAAUGUUACACAUCGCCCAAAAGCUCACCCGCAGAGUCAGCCCGUCGGGUGAAGAUCUGUUGGACCGCAGCGUAUCUUGCGCAUCAUCAUUCGAAAGGGACAGCCCAUCUGAAGGCGAGAACCGAAGGGGAGUCGAGCCCAGAAAGAGCAAACAAAAGCCAUUACCAAACCUUCCACCUCUUCCAGUGGACGAACACCCGGAGCGCCAAUUCGCGCCAGUUAUGCCCACGACGCAAAGAAUAAAAUCUCGAGGUUGGGGUGACGAUAGGAGGCAUCCAGGUGCAAGACCCGAGAGAAAAAGGAUGACAAAGUCAGAUUCAGCAGUCUCAGGUUUCUCGCGGUCCUCAUCCGGGUACAUCAGUUCGGAUCACAGCUCCGACACCUCUCUAUCAAGGAGGCAAAAACGCCCAAGGAUCAUAACUCCAAGCAGUAGUAUCAGCAACCUGACCAAGAGAUCGCCCUUAUCAACCAUGCGGUCAGCCGAAUUUCCUGACAUCAUGGUGCGUCCGCAAUUGAGAUACUGCCCACCGACUAUUCUUGCUCCACACGAAUGGAACCUGCCACGGCCAGGCUCGAUGACUAACAUAAUUCUAAUGGGGGACGGCCGUUACUCGCAGCGGAGAUCAUCAGUAUCAAUGCCGCCACAGUAUGUCCUGAGGAGGCCAAGUAUGACACUGCCUCCUCUGGGUCACCAGGGAGGAAGAGUGCCACCAAUAGUUAGGAGAAGAACGGCGGAUGUCAAGCGUUCGAGGUCGAACGCUUACCGGCCCAGCUUUGACUACGAGAAGAGCCUGGAAGAACAUGCGAAGAUGAUCGAAGCAGUGUCGAUAGUGAGAAGUGUAAGUGGUAGCAGCGACCAUAUACCCCGGCCGCCCCCCAAAGAUCCGGUCAAGAGGAUUGCAAAACUCCAAGCACCGCAACGAAUCGAUUCAAGGGCUAGGUAUCGAGAGCAACGCCCCAUUAUACGUUCGCAGACGACGGUGGGACCGAGAGAGGUUAUAUCUCGACUACAUAUGAGCCGCCCAUAUACCGCGAAGCCGGAGACUGAAGCUACUUCAAACGUCAUGCCUCUGAGACGGCUUAGCUUAGGCGACAUCUCGUCGGGGUUAGGGGAGCUGUUCGAUGUAUAA